GGAUUAAAAAGGGACUGAUAUCUGAAUCAGCAUUAUUAUUUGAGUGUGUGUUGUGUGUGUGUGUUUUUUUAUUUUUGCUAAUUUAUCCUCACCUUGAAGAAACUUUAAAUGUAUCUCAAUGGCUGGGGCACAGCCUGGGGUCCACGCUCUUCAGCUCAAACCUGUCUCCGUGCCUGAGAACUUAAAGAAGGGAAGCAAAUUUAUGAAAUGGGAUGAUGACUCCACCACUGUAACUCCUGUCACCUUGAAAGUGGAUCCACAGGGAUUGUUUCUUUACUGGACAGAUCAAAACAAGGAGACUGACCUGCUGGAAAUCAGCCAUGUCAAGGAUGCUCGGACUGGAAAGUAUGCAAGAAAUCCCAAGGAUACCAAGCUCCGAGAGUUGUUGGAUGUUGGAAAUCAGGGAAAUCGGCUGGAGAACAGGAUGGUUACUGUGGUUUACGGCCCAGACUUGGUCAACAUUUCCUAUCUCAACUUCAUGGCCUUCCAGGAAGACGUAGCAAAGGAAUGGACUGAUGCACUAUUCAGCCUGGCAACUAACCUGCUGGCACAGAACAGGUCAAGGGACACUUUAUUGCACAAAGUGUACACCAAGCUCAAACUUCAGAUGAACCAAGAUGCCCGGAUCCCCGUGAAAAACAUUUUCCGGAUGUUUUCUGCCGACCGAAAACGUGUAGAAACUGCAUUAGACGCCUGCGGCCUUCCUUCUGGCAGGAAUGACUCCAUCCCACAAGAGAAUUUCACAACUGAAGUAUUCCAAGCGUUUUUGAAUAACAUUUGUCCUCGGCCUGAAAUUGACAUCAUCUUCUCGGAAUAUGGUGCAAAGGGCAGGUCAUAUCUAACAGCAGACCAGAUGACAGAAUUCAUCAAUUCCAAGCAGAGAGACCCACGUUUGAAUGAGAUACUUUACCCUCCGGUGAAACCCGAACAAGUGCAACAGCUCGUCGAGAAAUACGAACCAAAUGUUACCCUCGCAAAGAGAGGACACAUAUCAAUCGAUGGUUUCAAGAAAUAUUUGAGUGGCGAUGAGAAUGGAGUCAUUCCACCAGAAAAAUUAGACCUGAGUGAAGAUAUGACUCAACCUUUGUCCCAUUAUUUCAUCAACUCCUCACAUAACACCUACCUCACAGCCGGACAGCUGGCUGGAAACUCUUCCGUUGAAAUGUACCGCCAGGUCCUAUUAGCGGGAUGUCGGUGUGUGGAGCUGGACUGCUGGAAGGGACGUUCAACAGAGGAGGAACCAGUCAUCACUCAUGGAUUUACCAUGACAACCGAAAUAUGCUUCAAGGAAGUAAUUGAAGCUAUCGCUGAGUGUGCUUUUAAGACUUCUCCUUAUCCAGUGAUCCUCUCAUUCGAAAACCAUGUUGAUUCUCCUAAACAACAGGCCAAAAUGGCAGAGUACUGCAGGUCGAUAUUUGGAGAUGCACUGCUGAUGGAAGACCUGGAAAAAUAUCCGCUUGAGUCAGGAGUCCCCCUUCCAAGUCCACACGAUAUGAUUGGUAAAAUUCUUAUCAAGAACAAGAAGAAAGGACACAAAUCUUCAGAUGGAAGUGCCAAGAAGAAGCUCAGUGAGCAAGCAUCAAACACGUACAGUGACUCAUCGAGCGUCUUCGAACCCUCGUCUCCAGGAGCAGCCUCAUCCAAUCCGGAGGAGCCAGACACAGCCCAGCAAUCCAACAUAGAUGGAUCAGAUAAACCUGUGGAAAAAAUAGGGAAGGAGGUGACUGAACAGAAAGCAAGUGGCAGAAAAUCAAUAGGAGAUGGAGAAGCAGAAAGUGAAGAGGAAGAAGAUGAUGAUGAAGAUUCCAAGAAAUCCUCAAUGGACGAAGGAACUGCUGGAUGUGAAGCCAGUGCCACAGAGGAAAUGUCCAACCUGGUUACUUACAUUCAACCUGUGAAGUUUGAGUCUUUCGAAGUGGCUAAGAAGAACAACAAGAGUUUUGAAAUGUCAUCUUUCGUGGAGACAAAGGCUCUGGAACAGCUGACUAAAUCACCAGUGGAGUUUGUGGAAUAUAAUAAGAGGCAGCUGAGUCGUAUUUACCCAAAGGGAACCCGAGUAGAUUCCUCGAACUACAUGCCUCAGGUAUUCUGGAACGCCGGAUGUCAUUUGGUAGCUCUUAACUUCCAGACGUUAGACCUGGCUAUGCAGCUGAACAUGGGGAUGUUUGAACACAACGGGAAAAGUGGUUUUCGCCUGAAACCAGAGUUCAUGAGACGGACAGACAAACACUUUGACCCUUUCACCGAGACUACAGUUGAUGGGAUAGUGGCCAACACCCUUUCAGUAAAGGUACUCUCGGGUCAGUUUCUUUCUGACAAGAAAGUUGGUACUUAUGUGGAGAUAGACAUGUUCGGCCUUCCAGUGGACACGAGACGGAAAGCUUUCAAAACAAAAACUUCGCAAAACAAUGCGGUCAACCCAGUCUGGGAAGAUGAUCCCAUUGUGUUCAAAAAGGUUGUGCUACCAUCUCUGUCUUCAUUAAGGAUAUCUGUUUAUGAGGAAGGAGGUAAAUUUAUAGGCCACCGAAUAUUGCCUGUACAAGCUAUUCGACCAGGUUAUCACUAUAUCUGUCUAAGGAAUGAACGGAAUCAGCCCCUGAUGCUUCCUGCUCUCUUCGUAUACAUAGAAGUUAAAGAUUACGUCCCUGAUACCUUUGCAGAUGUAAUUGAGGCAUUGUCUAAUCCUAUUAGAUAUGUGAAUUUGAUGGAGCAAAGAGCACAGCAACUAGCGGCUCUAACUCUGGAGGAUGAGGAAGAAGAAAAGAAAGAUGCUGAACCUCGUGACAUUCCCACAGAGCCUAAUAAUGAUCCGAAGACAGCUCCAACAGAGAAUGGUGUGAGUCAUCCAUCUGGUCAAACAUCCAAACCCUGCACCCAAGUCACCCAUGUUCAACCUGCACCAGCUGCAGUCAAAACAGCUGGCAAAGCAGAAGAUCUCAUACAAAGCGUCUUGUCAGAGGUGGAAGCCCAGACCGUGGAAGAGCUAAGACAGCAAAAGGCAUUUGUGAAGCUUCAGAAAAAGCACUACAAAGAAAUGAAGGAGUUGGUGAAGAAGCACCACAAGAAAACCACUGACCUGAUCAAAGAACACACGGCAAAAUCCAGCGAGUUUCAGAAUGAGUAUUUAAGACGCAGGGUGCUUCUGGAAAAAUCAGCAAAGAGAGAUGGUAAGAAGAGGCCUGAAUCAGCAAGUCCAGAGCAUCCCAGUUCAAGUAUCGAACAAGAACUUACUGGCCUUGACGCAGAAAUGACACAGAAAUUAGCAGAGCUCAAAGAACAACAGCAGCAACAACUACUAAACCUGAGACAGGAACAGUAUUACAGCGAAAAAUAUCAGAAACGUGAACAUGUUAAACAGCUUGUGCAGAAGCUCACUGAGGUAGCUGAGGAAUGCCAAGCCAACCAAUUAAAGAAACUGAGAGAGCUCUGUGAAAAGGAGAAGAAAGAAUUGAAGAAGAAAAUGGACAAAAAGAGGCAGGAGAAGAUCACCGAGGCAAAAUCAAAAGACAAAAAUCAAAUGGAAGAGGAAAAGACAGAAAUUAUCCGCUCUUACAUACAUGAAGUGGUGCAGUCAAUUAAAAGGUUGGAAGACGCUCAGUGCAAGAGGCAAGAGAAGUUGGUGGACAAACAUAAAGAAGUGCGUCAGCAAAUUCUGGAUGAAAAACCUAAGUUACAGAGUGAUCUUGAUCAAGAAUACCAAGACAAGUUUAAGAGGCUGCCUCUGGAAAUCCAAGAAUUUGUACAGGAUACGCUGAAAGGAAAAUUCAGUGAAGAUGGAGAUCACAGUGCUCCACCUCCCUCCUUCACACCAGAUAAUGGGAAAUUGAACCAUAAGUCAUGCUCAAAUGAAGAUGAUUUAGAAGACGAUAAGUCAGAUAAAGUUUACGAUACAUCGCUUUAAUAGGCAGAUCCCAUCUUUAAACUGUCUUAAUCUAUUGCAUUUUUGGGGGGUGUUGCAACAGAAAAGGAUGUAGGCAGGAGAAUAACUGCUUGAUUGCAAGUCUGUGUUCUGGAAGACCUAGUCAAGCAUACAGUGCAGUAUCAGGGUCAUGUGUGUGUACAUUCAGUUCAAGUGCCAGUGCGGAACUAAUUGUACAGUGCCACCCAUUUCAUCUUAAAACCAUCAAAGAGGAACUUGAGACCUAUAGUACUUAAUAGGCCAAGCUCAACAGCCACGUCUCCAUAACAUUGCAUGAUUGCACUGUGUUGUAAGAAACCUUUGCUUUAGCUGCAAGCACAGGUUUGCCAUUGUCUUUGCUUUCUACAUUAUCUAAAGAAUUGUACAUUGCUGCAUACUUUAAUGUCGACAUUGCUGAAUUAAGAAUGUUGCUUAAUAUAAUGGGAGUUUUGGUUGUGCAAUUCUAAAACUUACUGUAUAGCUUUGUCCAGUAUAUUCAAUGGGAAACAAGUUUCAGGGAUGCAUGCAUGAUGGAAGUAUUAUGGUUAUCACUGUGGAUACUUUAUAAUAUAACUGUAAGAGGCAGUUUUGUUGUGGAGUUUGUGCAGUAAUGUACUUUAAGGUAGCUUUACAGAGUAAAAAAGUGUCUUUGACUUGUGUGUACAAAGUAAAGUUACAUUGAUAUCACAGUUUUUCUAAACUAAGAUUGUUAUUACAAGUUAAUGUGAGUGAUGUAACGGAAAGUCCUUAUAUCCAACUGCACAAUCAAAAUAUUGUAACUUGCUACACAUCUAAGUCACUUGUAAAAUUUGUUUUGUACAAUACCAGUGGUUGUAAAUAUCCUGAACUGAAGGGGAAAAAAAUGCAAGCAAGUCAUUGUAUUAAUGUGUAUGAAUGCACUUUGUGAAUGAAAUUUUAAUUUCAAAAUUAAACACUGAAAAUGCGAGAUGGCUGAUGAUUAAUCAUCACUGGUAACUUUAGUAAACAUCACAAUAAUGGACAGUCAGCAAAACAAUUUGUGCAACCUGAGAUCUUUGGCAUUUGGCAUUAUUCAUUCUAUGCCAUAUAUCCAACACACAACAGAUACAGGUAUUGCAGCAGUUAAAUUAGCAGGAUAAGUGGUUUAAGAUUUAAAAGACUAGUUUACGUCAAAAACAUUUAAAUGUCAUAGUGGCUGCUCAAACUAUGAAAUACAUAAAUCUGAAGACUCUUGUAUUGCUACUGCAUUCAGUUCAUGUAAUUAUUCUGAGUGAAAACCUUUUAUUGCCAUCAUUUGGUGCAGUAUUUGUCUAAUAUGAUGUUUCAGUAAAACAGUCUCUUUAUUUUUAUACAAUUUAAGGUCCCAUUCUAAUAAAAACACCACAAUCAUAGGUCUAGCUAUUUAAAUGCUUAGACUUGAUGAUGGAGCAUCUUUUUUAUUUACUUUUUAUUGGUUUUAACUGUGACAGAUUAUUGUAAAAACAGAAAUUCAUAGUUUUAUUCUGUCUGUAUUACACCCCAUAGUUUUCAAUAGUUGUAGUGGAAGUGUGUGUGUAAAUGUGUGUCUAUAUAUAUACAUAUAUAUAAAACAUACAUAUGCAUACAUACACGCAUGCUAUAUUUGUUGUUUAACGUUACUUGAAUUAGAUUUGUUGAAUCUAACAGAAGGGGUCUACAUGAUGUGAAAGUCUUGUGCCUUUGAAGUGUUUGCCUUGUUCUGUAUCUGUCUAAGUGGAAUAUUCAAAGUACUUACUGUGGAAAUCUAUAUCUAUGGGCUGUUCUGUACUGAACUAGGUUGUAUGUGCACUUCAUUUAACAACUGUAAACAAUACAGCUUGUGUUCAGCAUUAAAUGCAGGUCAUUUUUGGAUUAGGACAUUUAACAAUGUUUCACAAACUUCAGCUCCUAAAUCGGGUCUCGAUGAAUAACAAUGCGUAAUAAAAGUGAGUGUGAUAUAAUUCUGUUUAUCUCACUGAUCAUAUUACAUGGAUGGUCUGUGCUCUAAUAUUGUUCAAAUGUUUUGACUUAAAGUUGACUGUAGAAUAACAAAAUGUGACAAAGGGAACAUUUCACAUAAAAAGGGUGUAAAUAAUAUUGUCUUUGACAAUGACAACUUGUUCUGAAAUGCGUAUUCAAAUUUUGUAUGAAUUCUAUGCAAUUUUCUGGCAUGAUGUUUCUUCCACCAGUAAUUUUAUGUGCGUUCAUCUGAAAAAUAAAACUUCUUUAAACAUGUGUUUCUCUGUCACCAUUGCAAGAAUAUCUGCUAUGUAUUGUUUUUUGAAAUAAAAACACUGCCAUUUAUUUUGAGAAAUUAGACUGACAAAGACAUAAAUAAAGGACAUGUGUACAUGCA